UAAUAUGAGCCCUAAAACCCCUCCACCAAAGUAAGAAUUUUAGCAUCCCUCGACAGUAGAAUGCAAGAAAGAUUCCCCACAGGGGACUGCAGGAACAGACAGUAUACCACCUUUUCAUCAUUAGCUCAAUUAGUACUUUUUGCUUGUUGUCUUUUUUUUUGCAAUAAAUGACAAACACUAACAUUAAAAGUAAUUCUACUAGCUGGUUUGUCUGAGCACAAUGAAAACAAAUGGGAAGUCUAGUUAGAAGCCCUCUGUGUAAACAGACAUCCCUUUUCCUUAGAUAUAACUUGUUAGGUGUUUAGAUUUGUAGCAGCUCAUUCUAUAGAUGGCUUAAGUGGGCUGCUGAUUUGUUUUGAUUGUGCUUAGACUAACCAGGAUGUAGAAUGUGACUUAUUAAGCUGGCAGUACACGGGCAGAUCCGCUCGCUCGCGGAUGUUCACCCGAUAUCCCCACCUACGGGUGGGUGAUAUCGGGGAGGCAUGUAGGCGAAUUCGAUCGUUUGGCCCUGGGGCCAAAUGAUCGAAUUGUACACGCGGCAAUGGGGCAGUCAGUUCGGGGACGGCAUCAAUGAGCCGAUGCGGUCGCCGAUCCGACUGGAUUUUCUAACCUGCCCGAUCGAUAUCUGGCCAAUUUCAGGUUCUGCCCCUACACGGGCCGAUAAGCUGCCAAUAUCGGUCCCUGCCGAUAUCGGUCCCUUAUAAUCGGCCGGUGUAUGGGGACCUUUAGUGCAAGAAAGAUUAAAAGAAAAAAUACACGUUUCCUAAUGAAAACAAAAGCCCAAAAAUAUAUUUACCACAGACCCUAUUUAUUCGACUGAUGUUCACAAGGAGGUAUACUGGACGUUGAAAUCAAUGUAAAUAAAUGUUCUACAUUAUAUUAUCUAUUAAUGUGGUCAGAUUAGCAGUGCUCCAAAUAAGCAUACAUUUUAAAAUUGUAUGCAUGUUUGCUGGUCAUUUAUUGGAUUUCACUUCACAAGAUCCUCAGUUACAGCAGCCUGUUUUCUAUAUUAGCUCUGUAGCAAUGACAUGUACAAUAGACAAGAUUUUACAAGACGCGAAGACUCUACUGGAGAGACUAAAGGAUCAUGACAAUGCUGCAGAAUCCCUAAUUGAUCAGUCCAGCGCCCUCCAUAAGCGUGUUGAAGCCAUGAAAGAAGUUGGAACAGCUAUGCCAGAAAAGUACCAAGAAGAAUUGGCAGAUAUAAAAGAUGCAUCAAAAUUGAAACCACAUGUACUGCUGUGCCAAGAAAACACACAAAUCAGAGAUUUACAACAGGAAAACAAAGAAUUAUGGGUGUCCUUGGAAGAGCAUCAGUAUGCACUGGAGCUAAUCAUGAGCAAGUACAGAAAGCAGAUGCUGCAACUGGUUGCAAAUAAAAAACCAGCUCCCACUGAACCAGUAUUAGAAGCCCAUAAGACUUUUUCUUCUGAUCUAGAAUGUCAGAUAGAUAGAAUAUGUGUAAUGGGGGAUAUCAUGAGAGAUGCAAUUCAGCUGGAUGAAGACAAGGCAUAUAAUAUUCAAGAGAAACUAGCUCAGCUAGAGCUAGAAAACAAGGAGCUUCGGGAAAUCCUAUCCACGAGUAAGGAAUCUCUACAUUCAAGCAAAAGGGAAUCAGAGUGGAACUUUUCUGAGAAAACCCAAUGAUAGCCUCUCAUUGUUGAAAGAAGCCAAACUUCCAGAAAGCAGAAACUCAUGCUGCCCAGCACCAAAUCUUUGGUGGCAACAAUCAGUGAAAACAUUAUUUUUUCUGUCUGGAUGCAAAACUGCACCCUUGUAAGAGACAAUGGCAUUCAUCACACUGCAAAGUACUAGGUCUUUCACCCUGCAAAACACUAAAACUGAGGAACCUGAACGCAGUGUUUUACUGAUGUUUACAGCAGUAAAUGAUUCAUCUUAAUGUUAUAUAACUAUAUCUUAAGAAAUACAGCUAUAUUUAAUUUUUAAAAGUAGUAGUAUAGUAUUCAUUUCUGAUACAGUAGUUAAACAUUUCUCUUGGUAUGACUGAAUUCCAAAGAUACUUAGUUUUGUUUUCUUCAGUUUUUGCUGUGAACCUGAGAUUAAUGUGAUGUAUGGAGAGACACAAAGAAAAUAAAUAAAUAAAUAAAAUAAAAUAAA